GAUUGAAAAACCAACCCUAAACUCCUUGUUCUCUCGCUUUAAAGGUAGCCCCGAUUAUUGCUGAUUUAAGUAUCGGAGUGUCUACCCCGAGAUCCAUCUCGGGGCUUUGCAGGUCAAUCCGGAGUGCAGAUCUGAAGUGAAGAAGGACGUUGGGUUUGGUGCAGUUACAUUUUGGCGCCGUCUGUGGGAACCGAACAAAAGGUUCCGUUGUUGCUCUUAUUAUGGUCCCCAGCAACCUUCCACCUCAUCCUCCACCCCCAAUUCCAAAUACAUUCCCUCCUGUUGAUCAUGCAGAAGGAGAAGACGAAAAUCAACCACACAAUUCGGUUAGCCACUCAGCCUCAACUGCUAACCAAGACGUAGUUGCAACUCAGCUCGCGGCCAUGCAACAGCAGUUUGGUGUCUUUCAGCAAGUGCUGGCUCAGUUGUUAGCCCGGAGCAAUCCUGGUGAUCCACUCAUCAAUCUACUUAAUCCUGCCCCACCGCAACCCAAAGCCCCACCACAAAAUCCUGAGCCAAUUCAACGUGCUCCCGUUGUUAGUGAAUCUCAGGGUCAAUCUCACAUUGCACUAGCUCAGCCACCUCCUCAGGAUGAUGUCACCCGACGUCUAGACAGCUUGGAAAGGCUAGUGGUUGAACAACGAGGUGCCCCACCUCCACAUCCCGCUGUCGACUCCGUCCCUCACCCUCUCAACACCAAUAUUGUACUGGAACCCUAUCCAGCGGGCUUCAGAAUACCACAGCUUGAAACUUAUGAUGGGACGAAGGACCCUGAUGAUCAUCUGCAUGCUUUCUACUCUUGCAUGCAGGCCCAGAACGCUUCUGAUGCGUUGAUGUGCAAAAUCUUCCCCUCUACUCUCCGAGAACUAUCAUCUGCUUUUGCCACUAAGUUUUCCAGUAGGAGGUUGAUAAGGAAAACCACUUCUGAGCUGAUGCGAGUCAAGCAGAGGGAUGGAGAAUCUCUAAAGAAUUUUAUGAGCAGAUUCAAUGAUGCAGUGCUAGAGGUUAACUCUUUCGACCAAGCAGUGGGCAUUACAGCUGUGAUCUCGGGUCUCGGCCAUGAAAGAUUCAGAGAAAGUCUGCUCAAACAUCCCGCCGCCACCUUCAGUGAGGUAAAUGAUAGAUCAUUGAAAUUUAUAACUGCUGAGGAAUAUGCCCUGUCACAGCACCUCACCCCUAUUAAAAACCAACACCCGGACUGGAGAGAUGAGAAUCCGAACAGGAAACGGAUGAAGACAACACAGAACCGAGGUCCGAUGUCGACCCGAAAUUCGGAAGGCCGAACUCAACACCUCCGCAACAACCUGCAGAUUAAGAAUAAAAUGGACUUACGACGUCCGGGUCCAAUGAGAACUGCUGCUGCUACCAGAGACCAUACACGGUAUUGUGAUUUUCAUCAAGAUCACGGUCAUACCACAGAGCAAUGCAAUAGUCUGAGGUCUGAAUUGGAAAGCCUAGCGCAGAAAGGAAUGCUGAAUGAGUACAUCCAGAGAGUGGAACAGCCACGAUUUGUCAGGGAACAAGGGACACAGCAUCAAGGGGUCCGUAACCCCCCAAACAGGCAAGGUGUGGGAUAUCAGCAGGCCCCACCACCACUCCCACCACCAGCUAGAGUCAUACACAUGAUUACGGGAGGUCUGGAAGCAGGAGGACUGAGCUCUAAGCAGCGAAAGUUGUAUGUCAGAGAGAUUAAGCACCAGAACCGGACUCAGAAGAGGAAAUUUGACGAUGCGGAGUGGAAGAAUCAACCCAUCACUUUCACAUCUGCUGAUCUUGAAACCGUUGUCACACCUCACAAUGAUCCCCUAGUUACUUCCGUCACGAUCAACAGUUGUGAAGUGCAGCGAGUCCUUGUUGACACUGGGAGUGCACCAGACAUCAUGUACUUCCAUUGUUUUGAGAGUCUGGGGAUAGAUCCGGCUCUGUUGCAGCGGUAUGAUGGUCCCAUCUAUGGGUUCAACAACCAACCAGUCCCAGUUGAAGGAGUCCUCACCAUGAAUGUUGCAUUUGGGAGUGGUCGAAGUUAUGUGACCCCUACAGUGCGGUUUUUAGUGGUCAAGAUGGCGUCCUCUUUCAACGCUGUCAUUGGCCGACCUACACUAACUGAGAUCCGAGCCGUGGUUUCCCAGUCUCAUUUAUGCAUGAAGUUCCCAACUCCUACGGGAAUAGCUACACUGCGAGGCAACCAGGAGGUGGCCAGACAUUGCUAUAUCACCUCGGUAACACAACCUCAGAAGGACAAGGCUCAGACACCCGAGAUUAAUCCCAAACAGAUACCUGAUGAUCGGCACGUUAUGGGUGUUGAAAUAGUAGAUAACCGACCAGAAGAGGAGACCAGAGCUGCUCCAGUUGAGGAUGUGGAGGAGGUACAGAUUGAUGACAGAGAUCCGAGCAGGAAAACGCAAAUUGGGACUAAGUUGAACUCAGACGACAGAGCAGAGUUAAUAGCUUUUCUUCGGGCCAAUAACGAUGUUUUCGCAUGGACCUCAGCAGAUAUGCCGGGAAUCCCCACUUCAGUUUUUCAACAUAAACUCAGCACCAAUCCCCUCAAGAAACCAGUAGCCCAAAAGCGACGUCUCUUCGGGGGGGAGAGGCUAAAGGUUAUUAAAGAAGAAGUCGAGAAACUCUUACAAGCCGGCUUUGUCAGAAGGGUAGAUUAUUGUGAGUGGGUCGCCAACCCGGUGCUAGUGAAAAAAGCAAACGGUAAAUGGCGAAUGUGCAUUGAUUACACUAACCUCAACGAUGCAUGUCCAAAGGAUUGUUACCCAAUGCCAAACAUCGAUAAACUGGUUGAGGCGGCUUCGGGAAAUGAGAGAUUAAGUCUCUUGGAUGCAUACUCAGGCUAUCACCAGGUCCCAAUGGCUCCCGAGGAUGAAGAAAAAACCUCGUUCUAUGCUGGUGAUGAGAUUUAUUGCUAUUUAAUGAUGCCCUUCGGCUUGAAGAAUGCAGGCGCCACUUACCAGAAGAUGGUUACCAUCGUGUUCCGAGCUCAGAUUGGACGGAAUCUGGAAGUUUAUGUUGACGAUAUAGUGGUGAAGAAUGAAGCCAUUAGUUCGGUUCUGGUAAGAGAAGAAGCCAAGCAGCAGAAACCAGUAUAUUAUAUCAGCAGUGUGCUGCAUGGAGCCGAACUGAGGUAUCCUAUAGCUGAGAAAGCAGCCUUAGCAGUCGUCACUUCGGCCAGAAAGUUGAGGCCGUAUUUCCAGUCACACCCGAUCAUUAUUCUUACAGACCAACCCCUUCGGCAGAUUCUGCAAAAGCCUGAAUGUUCUGGAAGACUAAUUAAGUGGGCAGUAGAACUGGGGGAGUUUGAGAUAACAUUUCAGCACAGAUCUGCAAUCCGAGCUCAGGCACUGGCAGACUUUAUUGUAGAGUGCACUCCAGGUAAUUCCAUUCCUACUCCGGAGCCUAAUGACUGGACCUUAUAUGUUGAUGGGGCAUCUAGUAGCAAAGGUUCAGGAGCUGGUGCUCUCUUAAUUGGCCCAGAUGGGUACCGAAGUGAACAUGCUUUGAAGUUCAACUUCGACGCAACGAACAACAUGGCCGAGUAUGAAGCCCUGCUACUUGGUCUGCAGCUAGCAUUAGAGUUAAAACUCGGUGCGAUCCAAGUAUACAGUGACUCCCAGCUGGUGGUGAACCAAAUUAACGCAAUCUGCGAAGUCGUUGAUCCUGUGAUGGUGAAAUAUGUGGCUUUGAUAGUCGAGCUGAAGUGCAAAUUCCAGAAAUUCUGUCUGAGCAAGAUCCCCCGAACUGAGAAUGAACAGGCAGAUUCACUCUCUAAAUUCGCCUCUGAUAGUUCUUCACAUUCCAGGUCAGUUUUUGUGGAGGUCUUAGAUGAACCAAGUUUCGUGAAGCCACGGAUGAUGGAGAUCAGUACCGACCCAGGCACACCGAGCUGGACUAACCCAAUCCUCUCCUUCUUACGAGAGGGGAUAGUACCUGAGGACAGGGAGGUGCAUGAAGGUGUCUGCGGAAGUCACGUGGGUGCUCGAACCUUGGCUCAUAAAGUCCUUAGACAGGAAGAGCUCACUACUCUGGUAGCACCAUGGCCAUUUGCUCAGUGGGGAUUGGAUCUUUUGGGCCCAUUCGUAAAAGGGGUUGGUGGUGUAACCCACCUGAUCGUAGGUGUGGAUUACUUCACAAAGUGGGUUGAAGCUCGGCCGUUGUCCAGUCUUACUUCCAAGAAAGUUGAAGACUUUGUUUUCAGCUCAAUCAUCUGCAGAUAUGGGAUCCCGAACCAGAUUGUAGCUGAUAAUGGAACUCAGUUUAACUGCACCUCUUUUCGAGAUUUUUGUUCCAGCUAUGGGAUCAAACUGCAGUUCACCUCGGUCUACCAUCCGGAGUCCAACGGCAUGGUCGAAUCCGUUAACAAGUGCAUCCUAGAAGGUAUAAAGCCGAGGCUGGAACAACACAAGGCCAAAUGGGCAGACGAGCUCAACAAUGUUCUCUGGGCAUACAGAACAACGAGUCGAACUGCCACAGGCGAAACACCUUAUCAUCUGGCCUUCGAAACCGAAGCAGUCAUUCCUGUCGAGAUCGGAGUCCCGAGCUUCAGGUCUGUGAAGGCCAGGAUGGCGGUUGGCAGCCGGUAGAGCUUGAGGAUGUCCUCGAAGGCGCUGGAGUUGAGAAAGUUGCCAAUAUGUCCCUCCAUUCCGUUGUGCACCAACAGCUCCACGUUGUUCUUCAGCUCCAUUGCCCCUUUCUUCAGGCUCUCGAUAUACUUGUCUUGAGUCUCAAGCUUCUCUUCGCAAAUUUUCCUUUUGCGUUCCUCAAGAGACAGUUUCGUGCUCAAGAUGCUAUUUUC